AUGGCGGCGUGCGACCUUGCUACGCCGAAGCGCCGAGCCGCCAAGCGACCGGCUGAGCAGCUGACACCUGAAAAGACGACGAGACAGAGGCUUCAGCAGAGCGAGGGAAUCUCCGAGCCGAAGUCACCGAAGUCCUUGCAGGCGGCACCCACGAGCCUCACGCCUGCGGAGAUGAUGCUGGGGGAGGCCCUAGAUGAAGCCUACCCACUGGUCUCACGCGAGCAUGAAUGUGGCGUACUGGACCAGUUCCUGGAAGCCAGCCUGAAAACGAGGGCGGGCAAAUGCCUCUACUUGAGCGGAGGGCCCGGAACCGGGAAGACCUCUGUGGCUCGGGGUGCAGCCAAGGCAUGGCGCAAAGAUCAUGCAGACACCCGAGUUCUGGAGAUCAACUGUAUGGACAACCUGAGGCCAUGCUCAGUUCCGGGCUUUCUGCUGAAAGUGACCCAGGCCUGCAGCCAGGUGACAGGGCUCAAAGGCCCGGCAUUGAGCUCAAAGAGCCCCCUGUCCAGUCUGGUGGCCUCAGCUGUGUCGAGCUUGCGCAGCCUUGGGAGCUCUGUCAUCCUGAUCGUUGAUGAGGUGGACCAGCUCGUGCAGAAAUGGAACGCAGGCGACAAGUCGCUGGAGAUUCUCUGUGGCCUCCCAAAGCAGUCUGGAGCCCCUGCCUUGGCCAUUGUCAUGAUUGCCAAUCACGUGGAUUUGAUGGUCCAAGCCUGUGGCCCCAGAUGGAAGAGCGUCUGCUCCUCCCUUCUCUUUGAGCGCUACUCCUUGCAGCAGCUCAAGACGAUCGUGCAAAGCCGGUUUGCAGGAUCAAGAGACGGGGAGCUGGCCGAAAAGGCGCUUGGAGGUCGCGUUAAGCUGGAGCUUCGUAUUCGGCGAAUAGCAAAUGCUGGCGACUGCCGACACAUCGUUCGGCUUUGUGAGGAGGGGCUCGCAUCAGCCAUCGAGCUCAGGCAAGCAGAAGACCGUGCACCAACCGAUGUAGGAGAAGCAGGCACAACAGCCAGCCAAGGCAGCACGCCACCCACGACAUGCAAAGUACUGGGGACCCAAACGAGUAUAGAUCCCUUGGACUCACUCAAGAGUCUCCCUCUGCAGCAGCAGAUUCUACUUUGCAUCUUGUCCCGAAGGGAUGAGCCGAUGUCCACCUCCGACAUCUUCCAGAAGUACCUUAGCUGUAUGUCUGAGCUGAAGCAGCCCCCAGCUUCCAAGCCCCAAGUCAUCUCGGCGCUCUCCUGCCUCGAGGCGCGUGGGGUCCUAGGCCUGCAGAAGCCACGCAGAGGCAAGGGCGGAAAGGGCAAGGGGCGGGGCAAGGGGAAGACCGAGGAGCAGGUGGUGGUGCUGGAAGUCCGCCGUGAAACGCUGAACGAGGCGCUUCAGGAGUCGGCCCGGGUCCUUUUGGGACUGCGCUGCUUGGAGCUGGAGAGGGCUCCGAAGUGA